ACUUUUUUCGAAUUUGGUUCCUGCAAGUGAGAUGGUGAUAUUUUGCUUUGCGACCUUGUGACUUUUCGUAAACACGGUGUAGAUUGUCUUGGUACAAUUGCCUUUAGUUUCCACUUUCAGCAGAAGUUGUCAAAUACAUCUAGGUCAUCGUUAAAAGUCAUGCACUGAUGCCAGCUUGUUUACUUGAAUGCCAGAUGGCUAUGUCAUCGGCAUAUAAAGGACCUUUUCCGAUUUCGGUAUCUCAGGCAGGUCGUUGAUGAAAACAAGGAAAAGUGAGCAGCUCAGUGAGGGACCCUGGGGUAAGCCCUGCUCCAGUACAGCUUUGGAUGACACACCAUUGUUCAUCCUGGUCUGGAUUGUCCUGUCUGUAGUAAAGAAGGUCUUCACCCAUCUGUAGAGUUUCCCGUGGAUUCCUGUCUGUGUCAUCUUCCAUAGGAGGCUUUUACUCCAUGCCCUGUCGCCAUAGAGAGAGACACACACACACCUCCCACCAGACGGACGAUUUUAUAAACGGAGCAUCAUGUCGGCGGUACCUCGGGCGCGGACUUCUUACGACUACUAUGGAGAUCAGCUGAAAGAAGACUACUUUGAGGACAUGAAGGACUACAUCCCCAUCCAGGGCCGUCAGACGCCUAUAGGAAUGGUGCGUCCGUCCUCUCCUGGAGGGCCCAGAUUGAGCGUGGAGAGACAGUCCAGGCCCAGAACUAGGUCAGACAGACCAGGGCUCGGACCUCGCUCACGCACACAGAUCGACUACGGACAGAUAGAAGUGGAUGAGAACCCCUACUCCAAACCCAUGGACCCAAUCAACAAACAGUAUUACUACAAGAAGUGGAGGAACCAGCCGCCACAGCCCCAGCCCCCUAUUUACCGUGAGGGCAGACUCGGCAGCCCCUGGCGUCACAUCAAAGCUUGCAUCAACAACGCCGGGAACCACUUGGUGUUUAUUGAUGGAACUAUCAAAUCAGAAGAGAACUUCUUCUACCCACCGGAGUCGAUGUUCGAGCCGCCCAACUUCUCCAUGUACAUUUCCCCGCGCAUGCCCAGACGGUCUCUGACGCAGGUGCCGCAGACGUACAGAGGUGACUCCCGGGGCUCCUCCUUCAAUGAGCGGGCCAGGCAAGGCUUUCAGUAUUGGUACCACCAAAAAAAGCCCAUUGACUGUGAGUACAUCCUGACUUCAUUUAUAAGCUUUCUAGGAGAUUCGUGAACGGUAUAGGUCAUGUACACAUCAGCUGUCUCCGUGGUUUUAUGCACCCCGCAUAAUUUAGCAUAAUUUGA